AUGCCGGGUACAACUCAAGAAAAGAGGCAGCAGAAUCAAACCAGUCUGAUGUUCAUGACGACAUCAAGCUGUAUGCUCCAUGUAACUCCUCCUCCUCCCUACUCUUCCUCUUUGCCUCCUCCUCCCAGCUUCCUCUCCUCCCCUCCUCCUCCUCUUCCUCCCUCCUCAGUCAUUCCUCCUCAUCUUCUUUCCUCCUCCCCUCCUCUCCUCCACCUUCUCUUCUUCUUAGUCAUUCCUCUUCCCCGUCCUCCACCUCCUCCUCCUCCUCCACUUUCUUUUCUUCUUAGUCAUCUUAGUCACUCCUCUUCCUCCUCCAGUCAUUCCUCCUCCUCCUCCUCUCCUCCUCCUCCACCACCUUCUCUUCUUCUUAGUCAUUCCUCUUUCUUGUCCUCCUCCUCCUCCUCCUCCUGCCAUUUGCAUGGCGGAUUCCAAGAAGACAAUAUCUCUCUCCGUCCUCCUCCUCCUCCUCCUCCUCCUCCUGCAGGAGACGGUAGGGAGAGGAAAGGAAAAUGUGGCGAGAAGGAGUGUGACGUUUGUUUCGAGUUAUCCUCAAUAGAUGGAGAAUAG